AACAAACACAACAUUGGGUUUUUCCAUGAGAUGGGUCAACUGUCUGACAUGUACCUGGACGCUCUGUCUCUGUUUGUCUGUACCCGUCCACUCGGCUGGCUGGGGCCCCUAGUCCUAUCCCCUUCAGACCCAGUCAUCCACCUCCUGCCACGCCCACCCUCUCUGGAAGACAGUAUAAAUAUCCCUCCAUCGCCAGUGUUGACAUACAGCCACUGACCCGCCCUCACUAGAGGUGCUUCAGAUGAGACGGAGGCUCAACAGACAAGCACACAACACACGAGGCAACAACAACAACAAACAACAACAGCCACAACAGUCCCCAGGAGAAGGAGAAGGAAACGGCCUCGUUCCCACUGAUACACCAGAAGACACCUCCUCCUCAGCCCCUGCCUCACUGCCAUGUGGCUCCAGCUGUCCGUCACCGUGUUCCUGUCCUCCUUCGUUCUGACGAGCUACGGCCAGGACGCGGAGCGUGGAGCCUCCCUGGGUCGCUCCAUCAACCCCCGCGACGGCCGCUGCCAGUACACCUUCACCGUGGCCGCCCUGGCCGAGCCCACGGGCUGCCCCCACGCCGCCGCCGCCGACCAGAUGGAGGGCGUCCUGUCCAGGCUGGGCCUGCUGGAGGCCCUGGUCAGCCGCCUGGUGGGGGGGCAGAGGGUCGGUGGAACCAGCAGAACGGGGCCCAGGGCCGACGGCAGCGAGCAGGUCCCCCCCCAGGGCGAGAAGAACCAGCUGCAGAGGGACAAGGAGCAGCUGAGCGGCCGGGUGCAGGAGCUGCUGAGGCUUGUGGAGCAGCUGGGGGCGGAGGCAGAGACCCUGAGGCAGAAGCCCUGCCCGCCGGACCAGGCGGACCACGGACCCUCUGGCACUGCCCUGAGGGUUCCUGACAGCAGCUACCAGGAGAUGAAGGCGGAGGUGACCGAGGUGCCGGCCUCGUCCCUCCUCCCUGAAGGAGGACACAACAUAACAGGCUGUGGGGAGCUGGUGUCAGUGGGAGAGCCGCUGCUCCACCGAAAGGCCGACAGCAUCACAGGGAAGUACGGCGUGUGGUUCCAGGACCCCGAGCCCCCCCAGGGGCCCGCCCAGGGGCCCCUGUACACCAACCGGACGGUGUGGCGCAUCGACGCCGUGGGCAAGGACGUGCGGCAGCUGUUCGCCUACGAGGACGCCGAGCAGUUCUCGCGGGGCUUCCCCCUCAAGGUGCUGGUGCUCCCUGAGCCCGUGGAGAGCACGGGCGCCACGCUGUACCGCGGCGCGCUCUACUACCAGCGCCGCCGCAGCCGCACCCUCCUGCGCUACGACCUGGCCUCCGAGACCCUGGCGGCCCGCCGGGACCUGCCCCACGCCGGCUUCCACGGCCAGAACCCCUACUCCUGGGGCGGCUACACGGACAUCGACCUGGCGGCCGACGAGCUGGGCCUCUGGGCCAUCUACAGCACCCCCAGGGCCAUGGGCGCCAUCGUGGUCUCCCAGCUGGACCCCCAGAGCCUGGCGGUGAGGCGGAGCUGGACCACCGGCGUGCGCAAGAACACGGUGGCCAACGCCUUCAUGGCGUGCGGGCGGCUGUACACGGUGGCCAGCUACAGCGUGACCAACACCACCCUCAACCACGUGUACGACACCACCACGGGCCUGGGCCGCGCCAUCGCAGUGCCCUUCAGGAACAAGUACCGCUACAACAGCAUGGUGGACUACAACCACGCCCAGAGGAAGCUGUUCGCCUGGGACAACCACCACAUGACCAGCUACGACAUCACGCUGGGCCGCAGAUGAGACAAGAUGGCCCCGCCUCCCGCUCCUCUGUGCAUCGCCUCUGUUGAGCAAUGUCACAUUCAUCUAAUAUGUAUGGUUUCUUCUAACAGACGUUUUUGUACUUAUUAUAGGAUUCUAUUUUUCUAUCCCACUGCCUCAAUUGAUUAAAUGUUUUCUACUUACAAAGAAAAAAAAAACUCCAGAAUAAAUGACAUAAACGACAACAUAAAUAUUUUAUGUAUUUAAUUUGAUAGGCCCACAACAUAUUAUCACUGCAUAUAAAACAUUCAACUAUUGGAGUCCACAGCUGCCACUACCAAAGAGCUGGCAUUUUGAUAAGACCACAAUUGUAACACCUUUUCCCCCUCACUCUUAAUUUAGGCCUCCAAAGCACGCUAUGCAAAACAUUUCUUGUUAUGUACUGCCAUCUGUUGGCCGUUUGUGGCAUCAACAGUUUUAUCUUCCAGUUUCCAUAUAGCUAUUCAGAGAUAGAGGGAGACGGAGAUAGGGAGAGAGAGAGCAGCUGACGGAAACCUUGAUGAGGAGGUGCAGCCUGUCUAUACACAGUAGUGUAGACAGUCCCUAGAGGAAAAUUUAAAUAAUUGUACAUAAAACUUUGAAAAAGUUGAACUUUCAUCGAAGAAUGUAAUGCAUAAUGCUGAGAAAUUCUCAAUGUUUUACCCGAAGACAAACAUAAACUUCCCUUUAAAUACACUCAAUCCAUGCGUCACUCUUCGACUGUAUUGAACAAA